GGUGUGCCAUCAGCAAAACAACAGUUCUAACGGCCGUUAAGAAGACCCCGGGCAUGGCUGGGGCUCCGUACGGUCUGGGGUCCUGCAGAAUGGAGGCCAAUGUCCCCGCGUGGCCCCCAGUGGGUGGGUGCGACUCCUGGGCCCCCUGCACAGCGAGCGGCCAGCAGGGGCGGGUUGCUGCUCUGGCCCCCAUCUGGGAGCGCAAGAGCCCUGUGGGCGGGGCCUCUGCACGCCCCUCCCCCUCCCCUUGGAACCAACUGCCGCUGCAGGGCUGGAGCCCCCGUUGCUGCCAGCAGUGGGGGUGGAGAGGACCCUCCUUCACGGGAAAACAGGUCCAGAGUCCUCGCCUUGCACCUCCCUCAAGCCCCCUCCUUCCCCCGCAAAGUCUGGGGACGUGUCCGAUGGUUCUUUGUUACGCGACUGUGAAAUAAUUUGCCCUGUUUGGGGCCACGUGGAGGGCUUCUUCCACCCCCCCUCAGGAAUUGGGGGCUCUUCAAGCAUCGCUAGCAGGGCCUCCCCCUCCCCUUGGAAAAGCCUCCUGCUGAUGAUUUGAGACACCCGCUGUGUUGAGGGGAGAGAGACCGGGGCCUUGCCCCCUUUCGCUGUUCCCCCAGGGGGGGCGGGCUAUUUCCCCUAGGCCAGCUGCCCCCCCAUUUUCUGCCCUGAGAAGCACCAGGCGGGCCCCUUUGCUCCACCAGCAGCUCGCCUUCUGCAAUUUCAGCCCGGGCAGCUCUCUGUAGGACUCGGGGCUGUGAUGGCAGAACUGUGCCCGCAGCUGGGGCCGGAGCAGGAGGAGAACAUCUACCACUGGCUGCCCUCUGAGGAGGAAGCGCCCGGCAGGCCGCCGCUCAGGUAUAUCUCCACUUUCCGCUCAUCCAUCAAACGUGAAAUGCAGGAACAGAGGAAAGCUCCGUGCCAAACGAUGGGAAUACCGAAGCUCGAAGUCCCCACCCCGAAAGAGUAUCUCCGGAAACGUUCAAAGGAGCCCAAGGUCCCCAAAUGCACGCAAGACCGUGGCCGGAAGCAGACGCGCAAGCCGCAGGUGCCCCGGCAGUCCGACCGGCCCAUCAUGGGCAUCCAGAGCAAGAAGAACUUCAUCACGACCAACGUGGCGGGGGCCAUCAUGGCGGUGGCCAAGAAGCCCCUGCGCGCUUGUGUCGACCGGUGCAAGGGAGACACAUUCCUCCUUGACCAGUCGGGGCUGGUCCAGAGGUUCCUCAAGAAGAAGGACUUUGGGGUUACCCCGAAAUACCUCAAAAAGCGGAAGAAGGAAGCCAGGCAGGUGCAGAAACUGAGCGUGUCUGGCCAGCAGGACGGCCUCCAGCAGAAGGGCCUGACUCGCCUGGCCACCCGGGACCGGGAGAACGUCUUGGCGGGUCUCAAGGAAAAUUGGGAAGAAAUCAACAAAGAAUUCCAAAGUCUUUCUGUAGUGAUAGAUACGGUUCCCAAGAAACUUCGCAAAGAGAAACUGGAGACGGAGAUGAAGCAGCUGGAGCACGAUAUCAGCACUCUUGAGAAGCACAAGUUUGUCUACAUUGCAAGUGCCUAGGGAAGGGCCAGGGCCGGGCGAAAGGAGCCCUUCCGGGGCCCACUGGGGCCGGCGGAAGGGGCCAGCUCUGCUCCUGGGUCUUCCGCCGACCGCAGUGACCUUGAAAGGGCUCAGCUCCCAGCGGACGGCCCGUCCGGUUCUGCUCCUUCCCGUUGAUCUACGUCCAUUCCCUGCAGCCGGGCUGGGGACGCCGUUGCCCGGCAGACACGGCUGGGCGCCGAUGGGCCUGAGUCAGCUGGGGAGCGGCAGCCCUUCUGUUCACCCUCAGGGGAAAGAGUAAUUUCUAAGAAGUUGCCAUAGUUUUAA